CACAGGUCAAAUUUUCUAAAAAACAUGAUUGCUUACUUUUUCCUCAUGUUGUACCUAUUUGUCUGUCAUACACAUUGUGAAGAUGUGCUUCUUCAGGAAUCACUAAGGACAGUUGAAGUUGGUGACAGUGUUAUCCUAACUUGCAAAUGUUUGAAACAAAGACGAACCAGUAUAGUAUGGAUCAAACAUAUUUUUGGAGAGAGGCCUCUUGUAAUUGCCACAUCAUAUCAGGACCAGCCUGGAAUAUUCCAUAAUGCCUUUGACAAGACUGACCGCUUUAAUUUAACAAUAGGACACAAUAGUUUCAAUCUUGGCAUCUCAAAAACAGAUCUUUCAGAUGUAGCCACGUACUACUGUGCUGUAACAUUUCUUUAUGAUAUAACAUUUGGGCAAGGCACUCUUCUAUUAUCUCUCUCUCUCUCUCUCUCUCAACAUGGAGCAUCAAAAAGUCCCACACUGCUGCAGCAACUUGUGUUAAAUCCUGUUAAUCAAGAAGACUCUGUAACUCUGCAGUGUACAGUUCUCACUGAAAGCUGUGCAGAAGAACACAGUGUCUACUGGUUCAGACAUGGCUCAGGAGAAUCUCACCCAGGAAUCAUUUACACUCAUGGAGACAGCAGUGAUCAGUGUAAAAAGAGCUCUGAAUCUGGAUCUCCACAGAGCUGUGUGUAUGAGCUCUCCAAGAACCUUAGCCACUCCGAUGCUGGAACUUACUACUGUGCAGUAGCUGCAUGUGGAGAGAUAUUCUUUGGGAAUGGAACUAAAUUAGACUUCAAAGAAGAUGGCUAUAAUCAGAUGAAGCUGCUGGUCAUUCUCGCCAUUGUAAGAUCAACUGUUGUCCUGCUUACUUUCAUUAUUUUCCUGCUUUGUUACCUUUUACUCCAUUAACCAUAAUGAACACUUUCAUUUGUGAUGUAUCUUCUAAAAGAACUUCAUCUAUUGAAAGGUAUUUGAAGAACAAAAGUUUGACUAUGCUUAAGAACAGCAAGAGCAACAUGCGUUUAGCAAUAACAUUCCUAGCUCAUUUCAUUUUUGGUCAUUCUCAAAUAUUCCAUAGCUGCUACAGUAACCUAUUGAAUUUUCAAUAACCAAGGUAACUGAGCACUCUUAAAAUGUAUAAACUUUAAUUUUGAAGUACUCCAUAUUUAUUGUAAUAACAUAAUUGCAUGAUUGUCAGAGCACUUGUGAGACUUACGUCUGAUUGACGACAUAUGUCCAAAAUAUCAGUUUUUCUAGAGCCAUGAAAAAUGUUCUUCUCUGAAAGUGGCUAAUAGUGGGAAUAAAUUCUAAACUAUAUAAUUAGUAAACAAAUCAGCUCAGAAAUUGAAAAACACAAUGUUUUAAAAUUGAUAGUGUAUGAUUUCAUGUUUAACAUGGACUUAUGUGGUUCAAGCAACAUAAAAUUAAAUUUCAAAAUAUAUCAUCUAACUAGUUAGCCAGUAAAGGUCAGUCGUUAGUGUUAGCUAGCUGGCCACUUUAUAAUCUCAAAUAUUAACUGUACAAACAUACACAUACUCCUUCAAAAUAAUUGAGUUUUUGAGAAAGCAAAAUAGUACUUUUUGAGCAAGUAAAUCUAAAGGGUUAAAGUUCAAUUUGCACCUUAAAUGUGGGAUGAACAUGAUAAAACAGAAAUUCCUCUCAACUUUCUCAAACAGCAUUGCAGCAGAUUAUAUGUGAUGUUGAUAAACACAUCUGGCAGAAUAUGGACAUAGUAGAUAAAUAGAUUUUCAGUUCUACACUGGUUAUUCUGUUAACCACUGCUAAGGAUAGACAGAUAUAUGCCCACAUUCCAUAUACUGAAGAUCUAAAAAUUCAAAACCUAAAAAAAGAUUAAAAGUGGAGAUUUUUGGUGUUUAUCAUCAGACAGCAAUGAUAUACAGCUGUACAAACAAAAUCUUAAAUUCGUCACUCCCUCAUUUAAUACUCACCCCAUCUGUGGCUUUAAAAUGUUGUUGUAAACUCGCAUUAUUUUCUCUUAUACCUACUCAUAACAUUAGUUACGAAACAUUUUUUUCAUGCUUCCAUAAUUGUUCUUUGACAGCAAACAGAUGCAGGUUUCAAAAUACAAAUAACAGUCUGCAAACAUUUGGACAAUGAUACACUUGUUUUGAUUCUGUACUCUAUUCACAUCAAACAUCAGAAGAGUCAUCUAUGAUAUGCAGUAUGUUGGCUUUAAUUCAACACUCUAUGUGCCCAUAGGAAAACAUUGCACCCCCCACCGCUUUG